AUGAUUUUAACAUUUUUCAUCACCCUAGUCCUUUUAAUCAGUUCCUAUUACCUCUUAAGGAGAUUAUUCCGUACCAAGAAAGUCAAGAAACCAACUCAGUUCUUUGUUAUGGCUCCAUUAGAUCUUAUGGAUCUUAAUGGCAAAAUGAUCAAUCCCGACAUCAUUGAAAUAUGGCUUUAUAAGCUUUCCAAGAUCCCAAUUGAUGGAAUAAUGAUUGAUGUCUGGUGGGGAAUCACUGAACCAGAACCAGACAAAUACAAUUUCGACGGAUAUCAUGAAUUUUUCGAUCUCUGCAAGAAAUACGGUCUCAAGAUCAUCCCGAUCAUGUCUUGGCACGCAUGUGGUGGUAAUGUUGGUGAUACAGUCAACAUUCCUUUGCCAAAUUGGGUUGAAAAAGAGAACUUCUUCUACAAAGAUGCAAGUGGCAGUGUCGAUCAUGAGUGCAUUUCCUUAUUCUACGAUCAGUGUUUGAUGAAGAACACUACAGUCGUUGGAGUUUACUCUCAAUUCAUGAUUGCAUUCCGUGACUCUUUUGCAGAGGAAAUUAAGAAUGGCCACAUUGCUUGCAUUGAUGUAGGACUCGGUCCAUGUGGCGAAUGCAGAUAUCCAGGCUACAGACAACCAUGGAAUUAUCCAGGUGCAGGAGCCAUCCAAGUUUACGACGAUCAAGCCCUCGAAAUCAUGAAGAAGUGCAACAUCGUACCACCAGAAGGCGCAAACGAUUACAAUGUCCUUCCAACAAAAUCAGAAUUUUGGACAAAUAUCGAGGAGAACAAGGAAGCACUCAAAUUUUUCGAUUGGUACAACUUAAUGCUUGCCGAACAUGCCGAUAGAGUACUCAUUGAAGCUCGAAGAAUCUUUGGAGACGAAAUGGAGCUUGUUGCAAAGAUUCCAGGACUUCAUUGGUGGUCAGACCAUCCAUCUCAUGCUGCUGAAGCUACAGCUGGUCUUUAUUCCUACAACGAUGACACAGGAUAUGAAAGACUUUGCAGAUCUUUCGCAAAAUUCAAUGUCACCCUUGAUUUCUCAUGUCUCGAACUUACAAAGAACGAAGAGUCCUACUCACAGCCAGAGAAACUCGUCAGAACUGUCAUGGAAAAGGCUGAAGAGCAGGGAAUCAUGUUUGAAGGAGAAAACGCUCUUGAAUGUUAUGACAGCGGUUCAUAUCAACGCUCUCUUCAAUGGAGUAUUGAAGGAUUACACAGAUACACCUUCUUGAGAAUUGGCCCAACAAUGAUGAAGUUUUCUAACUGGGUAAUGUUUAAUCAGUUCGCAAGAGACAUGAGAGCUGAUGUUGUUUAUAUAUAA